AUGCCGUUCGUAUCUGUCUUAUUAUAUUCUUUUCAUAUCUAUCUCUGUAUUUAUUUCAAACUAUCUAUCUAUCUAUCUAUUACAGACUGUUAUCCAUCCGUCUAUCUAUCUAUCUAUCUAUCUAUCUAUCUCUCUAUCUAUCUUAAAAUCUAUCUAUCUAUCUAUUACAGACUACUGUUAUCCAUCCGUCUGUCUCAUCUAUCUAUCUAUAUAUCUAUCUAUCUAUCUAUAUAUAUGUUAUCCAUCCGUCUAUCUAUCUAUCUAUCUAUCUAUCUAUCUAUUCUAUAUAAUAUAUCUAUCUAUCUAUUACAGACUGUUAUCCAUUUCCGUCUGUCUAGUUUCUGUCAGUCUGUCUGUCUAUCUAUCUAUCUAUCUAUCUAUCUAUCUAUUACAGACUGUUAUCCAUCCGUCUGUCUGUCAAUCUGUCUAUCUAUCUAUCUAUCUAUCUAUCUAUCUAUCUAUCUAUUACAGACUGUUAUCCAUCCGUCUAUCUGUCUAUCUAUCUAUCUAUCUAUUACAGACUGUUAUCCAUCCGUCUGUCCGUCUGUCAGUCUAUCUAUCUAUCUAUCUAUCUAUCUAUCUAUCUAUCUAUCUAUUUGUAGACUGUUAUCCAUAAUAUAUCUGUCUGUCUAUCCAUCUAUCUAUCUAUCUAUCUAUCUAUUACAGACUGAAUAUCCAUCCAUCUAUCUAUCUAUCUAUCAUAUCUAUCUAUCUAUCUAUCUAUUAUCUAAUAUUACAAAUCCAUCCGUUUGUCAGUCUAUCUAUCUAUCUAUCUCUUACAGACUGUUAUCCAUCCGUCUGUCCGUCUGUCAAUAUAUCUAUCUAUCAUCUAUCUAUCUAUCUAUCUAUCUAUUACAGACUGUUAUCCAUCCGUCUGUCCGUCUGUCAAUUAUUUAUAUAUAUAUCUAUCUAUCUAUAUAUAUAUCUAUCUAUCUAUUACAGACUGUUAUCCAUAUACUGUCUGUCUGUAAUGUCAUGUGUAUAUCUAUCUAUCUAUCUAUCUAUUACAGACUUCGUCCAUAUCUUGUCUGUUUGUCAGUCUGUCUAUUCAUCUAUCUAUCUAGACUAUCUUUUUUAGACUACUGUUAUCCAUCCGUCUGUCUGUCUGUCAGUCUGUCUGUCUAUCUAUCUAUCUAUCUAUCUAUUACAGACUGUUAUCCAUCCGUCUGUCUAUCUAUCUAUCUAUCUAUCUAUUACAGACUGUUAUCCAUCCGUCUAUCUAUCUAUCUAUCUAUCUAUCUAUCUAUCUAUUACAGACUGUUAUCCAUCCGUCUAUCUCCCUAUCUAUUAAUUCUAUCUAUCUAUCUAUCUUUCUAUCUAUCUAUUAUUUUCAGACUGUUAUCCAUCCGUCUGUCCGUCUUCUGUCUAUCUAUCUAUAUCUAUCUAUCUAUCUCUCUAUCUAUCUAUUACAGACUGUUAUCCAUCCGUCUGUCUGUAUGUCUAUCUAUCUAUCUAUCUAUCUAUCUAUCUAUUACAGACUGUGAUCCAUCCGUCUAUCUAUCUAUCUAUCUAUCUAUCUAUCUAUCUAUCUAUCUAUUCAGACUGUUAUCCAUCCGUCUUACCACCGUCUAUCAACGCUAUCUAUCUAUCUAUCUAUCUAUCUAUCUAUCUAUCUAUCUAUUACAGACUGUUAUCCAUAUGUCUGUCUGUCUGUCAGUCAGUGUGUCUAUCUAUCUAUCUAUCUAUCUAUUACAGACUGUUAUCCAUAUGUCUGUCUGUUUGUCAGUCUGUCUAUCUAUCUAUCUAUCUAUCUAUCUAUCUAUCUAUCUAUCUAUUACAGACUGUUAUCCAUCCGUCUGUCCGUCUGUCAGUCUAUCUAUCUAUCUAUCUAUCUAUCUAUCUAUCUAUCUAUCUAUUACAGACUGUUAUCCAUCCGUCUGUCCGUCUGUCAGUCUGUCUAUCUAUCUAUCUAUCUAUCUAUCUAUCUAUUUUAUUCUGUUUUUAUCAAUCUAUAUAUUUCAGAGUGUUUAUCUAUCUAUCUAUGUAUCUAUUACAAUCUGUGUUUAUCUAUCUAUUCUUUCAGCUGUUUCCUCUCUCUCUCUCUCUCUCUCUCUCUGA